AUGACAAUUACAUUCAUACCGGGUGAAGUGAACAGAAAUAACCAUUCUGUUGCUCAAACAAAUUGGAAAAAUCAUCAUAUAAUAGUAUAUGGAUCAGGAAACAAUUUAAUAAUCACAGGCGGUACCAUUCAACCAGCAAAUAAGAAUCCUAAUCCAUUCAAUAUUGAUAAAAAUUUACAGACAAUAUACCUAAAUAGAGACCCUCAAUCAAUUGACAUUAACCCAAAGAAUGGGUAUAUCAUCAUUGCAAUUACUAAUAAAGUAAUUGUUUAUAAACCAAUGAAUGAAUAUAUGAAAAUUCCAAAAUGGCAAAGUUGUACUGAAUUCGAAAUCCCUGAUGAUAUGACAAUUAAUUGUGUGAAAUGGGCAAAUGAAGAAGAUGAGAUAGUAAUUGGAACAAAUAAUUCCUUGUGUUUGUAUCAUUUGUAUAAUGAAUAUGGAGAAUGGAAAUACAAAGAACGAUGGAAAUCUUUUGAAGUUGCUCCUAUUAAAAAUAUUGAAGUUACUCCCAAUUCCAAAUUAAUUUUAACAACUAGUGGACCUUAUGAUAGAAUGAUUAAAGCAUGGACAAGAAUAACAUAUGGAGAUGAAAAUACAAUGUUUGAUUUAACGUAUUUACCACAUCCUGAAGGGACAUAUGUGGCUGAUUUUAUUUGGAAAACAAAAUCCACCGUAAAUGCUAAAAAAGAAAAUGUCAUUGAUCCAUAUAUGGCAAAGAUUAGAAAUAUUCGUGACUAUAUUGAUAAUGGGAAUUUAGAUGAUGGAGAAGUUGUUUAUUCAUUUUGCUCUGAUUAUAAAUUUAGAGUUUGGGCAUCAUGUGAAUACACAGGGCAUAGUCAAAUCAACAAUUGGGAGACAUUAGAUUUAUCUCAUGAAUUUGAAAAAAUAAUCACUAUUUUUGUUAUUGAAAACCAUCUUUUACAAGAAACUUUGAUACCAGCUUUGAAAAAGAAAUCCAGCCAUUUGUUCAAUGAUGUGAAUGUAGAUGACAUGGAUUUGUUAUUUGUUGUAUCUGACAAAGGAGAAGUUAAAAUAUUCGCGAUUACAAACGCAUCACAAUGUCCACCAUGUAAUAUCAAAUUUACAAGAAUUGGUGGUGAUUAUGCCUUUGGUAGAAAAGAAUUCCCCUUCAUCAACACAAUAAUUAAUGAACCAAUCACAAGCAAUCUCAUUCAGUCAGAAAAUUUCAUUACCAGUGUUGUAAAACCGAUAAUUAUCAAUGGAAUAUGUAUAUUGAACGAAAGAUUGCCAUAUUUAUCUUUGCUUUUACAUGACAGAACUAAAAAUACAAUCAGAUUUGAGAUUCUCGACUUUGAAAAACUUGUCAAUCAUUCAGAACUAGAUGUGGUUUUAGUUAACAAAUUCCAAGGUCAUACAAAAUCUAUAAGAAAACUAGUCAAAUCAAAUUCGUCAUUUACCCAGAAUAAUGUAUUGCUUUCGAUCCUGAAUUUUGCUGAACAUAAUUAUAUCUGGGAACCAAUGAUUUUGCAAACAAAUACUAUGGCGGUUACAAAGAGAUUUCUGGUAAAUGUUGAAUCUGGUAUUUGGAACGCUGUUAUCUUGAAUGAUGUAGAGCCACCAGUUGACUGGAAAAGAAGACAUAUCAUUGUGACAGCAAACAAGGAUGGUAAGUUCAGUGUUUGGGAUUGUAACGGGUCUACAAAUGAUGACAAACCAGCUGAUCUUAUCACGCAAUUGAGUUUAGAUUUUGUUAAAGAACCAAGAGUGUUUUUAUUGACUGAAUUCCCUGAUAACACCGAUUCUUGUCGACAAUACUGUAUUGUUGCAGUGUAUGAACACGAUCAAGUCAAAGCAUGGAAACUUGCAUUAACCUAUGAGAAGAAUGAAAAGAUCAAAGAGAUUACAUUUACUCAACAAGAUAUUUCUCCACUUCCGCAAGACGAACUUAUUUAUCAGGCAACAGCUGUUGAUGUGUUUGUAUCAGAAGCAAAUAAAAGUCUUGUAGCAGUGAUUUCAGAAGAAGGGUUAUUAAAGAGUUACACGCUUGAUUUUUCCAAACCAUGUAUUGAAUGGAAAAUGAAAACAGAGUUGGCAACAAAUAUCUCCAAGGCUAGUAAAAUUCACGGGUCUACAAUUAUCAAUAAAUUUGCCGUGGUUGAUUCAUCAGGAUCUAGAUUAUCAGUUUGGGAUGUUACGCAAGGGGUUUUAGAAUACGAAGAAGUAUUCCCUGAAGAAAAUGGUCCUGUUACGGAUUUGGAUUGGACAUUCAUAAGUGCUACCAAGAGAAAAGUGACCGCCAAUGCGAUAUUAUCUGUAGGGUUCAAUCGAUUUGUUUUGUUGUACACUCAAUUACGAUAUGACUAUACUAAUAAUAUCCCAAGUUAUGCUACAUUGGAAAAAAUCGAUAUAUCAGAUUAUACUUCCCAUGAAAUUGGAGAUCUGAUUUGGUUAGAUCAUGGUUAUUUAAUCAUUGGAUCAGGUAAUCAGCUUUUCAUUGAUGACAAGUGGGUCAAAUUAGGUUCUAGUACGAUUGAUUCUACCAUUAGACAAUUGAUGUCGGGAUACAUCACUAAUAAUGAUUAUGAUGAUGAUAGCGUUGAUUCAGAUUUUGAAAUGGAAGAGAAUGAUCGUGGGAAAAAUGGUAGUUCCAAUAUUGAUGAUAUAGUAUUUGAUGUUUCAUAUUUGGUAAGAGUUCUUAAUGGUCCAUUACCCAUUUAUCAUCCUCAAUUUUUAAUUCAGGCAUUAUUUAUGAGUAAAAUCACUGGAGUACAGAAAAUUCUUGUACAAUUAUUCCAAACUAUCAGAAGAGGUGACACAAUUACCUGGGAUUUGAAUUUAGACAUUGAAAGUGAACUUUUUAAAGAGAAGAAGAAUGAAUUACAACCAAAGAUUCAAAAAUUACAAAGAAGAAUGUCAUUAACAUUGGAUGUAUUUUCUGAAUUCAAUGCUGAAUUAACAGAUUUGUUGACAGAAAAACUCAUGAAGAUAUCUCUUCCAUUGUUAACUAGACAUCAACAAAGUACAUUGAUUUCUAUAAUUGCUAUUGUGAAAGAAUUAAAGAAAAAUUCAUUAUUAAAUUUAGAUGAUAAUGGAAUUAGAUUUACUAUUGGAUUCAAAUUAUUCCAACUUUCUACCAAACAAAAGCAUCUUUCAAUGAGAGAUAUCAAUUGGGCUUUGCAUUCAGAUAACAAAGAAUUAUUACUUCAAUCAGUUAAUGAUUAUUAUCAUAAUCGUCUUACAUGGGAAAUAUUAAACAAACGGGUUUGGUUUAUGAACCAAAACAGCCACACUUACCACAAUUAUUGA